AAAGACGCUACUGCCCAACUCACCACCAUGUUACAUGUUACCUGUUGCUCUCCCUCCCCUUCUUGCCCUCACGUGGCAACCUUGUGUUGCGUUUGUUCUCUCAUGCCUUUAAAAUAAUCCUCUCUACCUCAUCUUCCAACAGAGGAAAGGUGAGUUGGGGCUGUGUGUGUUUGAGUCCUUGUGAGCUUUUCUUGGGGUGGGUAUCCAUAGAUAGCUCCACAGGUAGAGAAGGAUGGCUCUAGAUGCUGCGGUCUUCCCACAAGACCCCUUUGGUUGCACCAUGAAGGAGUUCUACACCUUGGGAGGAGUAUGGAACUAUGGUUUUGGUGGGUUGGAAGGGAAGGGGGUGGUGGUUGAAUGCAAGAUGGAUGGUGGUGUUGGUGGUGGGGUGAGGCAAGAGCAGGGAAAGGGGGUGGUUGAUGGAGUGCAUGGGAACUGGGACUCCUCUUGCUCUUCCUUGGUGCAAAACCUUGAGGAGUGGGAUGUGAAUUCCUCACCCCCAUCGGAGACUGGUGGCCGGGAGACGGCGAUGAGGGGCCGGAGGAAGAGGCGACGCACCAAGAGUUUCAAGAACAAGGAGGAGGUGGAGAACCAGAGGAUGACCCACAUUGCGGUGGAGCGCAACCGGCGAAAGCAGAUGAACGAGUACCUCUCAUCGAUCCGGUCCCUCAUGCCUCCUUCCUAUGUGCAAAGGGGUGAUCAAGCAUCAAUAAUUGGUGGCGCAAUAAAUUAUGUCAAAGAGCUUGAGCAACUUCUCCAAUCUCUCGAAGUUCAAAAGCGACUGAAGCAAAGAUCCGAUACAGUUCCUUUUGCUGAUUUCUUCACCUUUCCUCAGUACUCAUCAUGCUCUUCUCAAAGUGCAAACGGCGCUGCAACCACCACCACCGCUGCCGCCGCCAUCAACACCAACGCUACUGAGAUAAUGGCUGAGAACCGGUCGGCCAUAGCCGACAUUGAGGUAAUGAUGGUCGACAGCCAUGCCAAUCUCAAGGUUCUCUCGAGACGGCGACCCAAGCAGCUGCUCAAGUUAGUGGUGGGCUUACAGAACCUGCAGCUCACUACACUCCACCUCAAUGUGACCACCAUGGAUGAAAUGGUUCUCUACUCAUUCAGUCUCAAGGUAGAAGAUGAUUGCCAAUACACAUCUGUGGAUGAAAUUGCUACUGCAGUCUAUCAAAUGGUUGGGAAGAUUCAACAGUCGUCCGAUCUUAACUAAUCUUAUCUUCAUGUAAUCCUAACCAUAUGACAAAUUGUUUCAGUCUCUUUGGUUCUGAUAUAUUUUUAAGAAUCUUGUUUGCUGCUUAAA